AUGGUGCUCACUAGCAUUUGCAUAUGGCGCAAGCGAGAGUCAGCGACCGACCCCCUCACCAUCGCGGUAGAGAAAUGGGAAAACAAUCUGCAGAAAGCCAAGUGCCCCCAGGACCACCUCCCUUUCCUACUAUCCAAUCUCGAAUUUGCCGGGAAAGCCAGAAUCCUGUACAAGGUAGCGACUCGAAAGGGUCUGCCAUAUCAUCUCUUCCAGCACCCCGAUGACGCCGAGAAGAUAGGAUGUCAGUGUCAGCCUGCUGGACAGUCUGAACUCACUCGUCUUCUAUGCAUUUUUGGUCUGGAGAUCAAAUCCAGAAUUGGUACUUAUGCGACUGGCUCCGGCGGGAAUGUGCCAGCCGCGGAGGCUGCUGUGAGAAACCGCACUCAUGGGGUACCGGGUGACAACGACUAUGACGAGGAACUGGACAAGCUCGAAACUUUCUUCGCCGAGAAAGACAAUACGUAUGCUCGCCGAUUGCUCCGGGCGUAUAUCUGGGGUAUGGAUGUACUCAAUGAGAUUGUAGACGAGGAAGAGUCCGGCUAGGAGGCAUUGGCAGGUAAUACAGAUUCGGAAAAAUCAAAAAGAAACCGAAGCUGUGGUGACCUGGUUGCUUGAGAUCCUUAAAAGGCUUCCUCUGGUUUGUUACUCGAUUCUUGGCUUUCUCGCUUGUGCUGGAUUAUCCUGGAAUUAUUGAGGAGUGAUUGAAUGUUCUUUUGCUCUUAGGCGUGAUAGCUGCCUCAUUUGUUUAUCGUCCUCUUUCCCAUAAUUCUAACCUCGGGAAUGACCGAGUGCCCGGUCAUAACGAUUUAUGAAUAUCUAUUUCUUCACUCAGAACUGUGAAAGAAAAUGGAAACCCUGAAUGUCAAGGAUGGCUUGAUGAUCGGCGUUUAUAUACCUGUCGAGACUAUCUUGCCAGCAGAGUAAAACUGCC